AUGAAGAAGAUAGUGGUUUGUGUCCUCUAUGGAGUCCUGGUGCUGCUGCUGAUUCUGCUGAUGGUCAUUGGGAUAAAAUAUACAACUUUAUACUCAGAAAUAACUGAUGUCAAACUCAGCCUUGAGAGAAUCAGCAAUGGAGGAACAACCUCAUUGUCCAGUUCAGGUGCAACAUCUGUGCAGGAGGUCCCCUUAUCGAGACUUGUCCCAGUCAGAGGAGCAUGUAGGGAUGGCUGGGUGUCUUUCCAGACAAGCUGCUACGUGCUAUCCACCACAACCGUGACCUGGAGCAAAGCAGAGGAGCAGUGCCAAAAACACGGAGGACACCUAGUGGUUGUGAAUGAUGUUGUGGAACUGGACUACAUUUCAGGAGUAGUUGAUAUCAAAUAUAGCUAUUGGAUUGGACUGGUGGAGCGAGAACAUGAGGGACACUGGAGCUGGGUGGAUGGAACAGACUUCAAUUCAACCCCAAUGUUCUGGGAUAACGGUCAGCCUGACAACUGGGACUACAGAGAGAACGGAGAGGACUGUGGGCAGAUUCAUGCUUCUGAGAGACGCAAACGCAAGAUGUGGAACGAUGCAGACUGUAAUCUGCCGUAUCAUUACAUCUGUGAGACAAGAGCGUGA